AUGACUGAAGAAAUUGAACCUCAUAUUGCUAGAAAAUUUGAAAUCAUUCAAAAAUUAGGUAAAGGUGCUUAUGGUAUAGUUUGGAAGGCUGUAGACAAGAAGUUAAAGACAGUUGUCGCUUUAAAAAAAGUAUUUGACGCUUUUCAUAAUGCUACAGAUGCUCAAAGAACAUUUAGAGAAAUAAUGUUUUUGUAGGAGUUGAAUGGACAUGAAAACAUAGUGAGGUUGUUGAAUAUCAUAAAAGCAGAAAACAAUAAGGACAUUUACUUGGUGUUUGAUUAUAUGGAAACAGAUUUGCAUGCAGUGAUUAGAGCAGGAAUACUAGAGGAGGUUCAUAAAAAAUAUGUUGUUUAUUAAAUUUUGAAGUCACUUAAAUACAUACACUCAGGAGAACUUAUUCAUAGAGACUUGAAGCCUUCCAACAUUUUACUAAAUUCUGAAUGUCACAUGAAAUUGGCAGAUUUUGGUUUAGCCAGAAGCAUAGCGAUCACUGAAGACGACAGUUCUCCACCAGUUUUGACAGAAUAUGUUGCUACCAGAUGGUACAGAGCCCCUGAGAUAUUACUUGGAUCAACCAAUUACACCAAAGCCGUAGACAUGUGGAGUGUCGGCUGUAUUCUGGGUGAAUUGAUCAUAGGUAAGGCAAUCUUUCCAGGAACAUCUACACUAAAUUAAAUUGAGAGAAUUAUUGAGUUGUUAGGUAAACCAAAUGAUGCAGACAUUGAAUCCCUUGAAUCACCCUUAGCUGUCAAUAUUCUAGCUUCAGUGUCAAUUCAAAAAAGAAGAUCCUUCUAAUAAUUUUUUUCAGGAGCCCAAGAAGAUUGUCUAGACUUAUUAAGAAGACUUUUGCAAUUCAAUCCAAAGUUGCGACUUACUGUUAAUUAAGCUAUCAAACAUAAGUAUUUGAAAGAAUUCUCUUCGCCUGAUGAGGAAAUUGAAUGUUCCGAGCCUAUAAGAAUACCUAUGAAUGACAAUAAGAAGUUUUCUAUUAAGGAAUACAGAGAGGCCCUUUAUAAUGAUAUAAAUCGAAGAAAAAAGGAGUAAAGAAAAAAGUGGUAGGCAAAAUACUUGCAAUAGUUGGGAAUGAAUCCUGAUGAACUUAUUAAUGGGCUUCAGCAGGAGCAAUCUGAAAUCAUUACUUCAGUAAAAUCGUAAUAAGGCUUUGAAAAUGUUAAUGGAAGUUCUAUUUAGCAUUAAACUUAGUAAUAAUAAUAAUUGCAGAAAUCUAAUAUUGAGGAGAUACAAAACAUCAUUAAAUAGCAAUAAAUCUAAUCACAAUAAUUGAAGAAAUCUUAAAGUUAAGCUGGAAUUCAGUAACAAUAGAAAUUGACUAGUUAAAAAAGUGCAAGCAAUUUUGUUUCUUAAAUGUACAAUACAUUCUAAUAAUAAACACAAAAUAUAGAUAAUAGGUUUUAUCAAUAGCAAUAAUUCUUGUAAUAAUAACUUCAAUAAUUAUAACAAAAAGCUUAAUAGAAGAAAAAGACUUGA